GUGUGAUCCCAACAGGAUUGGGGGAGCCAUGAGCCAUGCCCUGCUGGGCUCCCGGAGCAGCCCAGUGGCUCCAGCAGCUCCCAGUUCCCCCACAGCUCCCACUUUUCCAGAGGCUCCCAUGAGCUCCAUCCCAUGUGGAUGUGGCCCCAGCUGCUCCCCCUGUGCCACAGCGGCCCAGGAGCUGCAGGAUCUGCUGGUGUCUGUGUGUGCUGGGAAUGGGAGGUCCUUCCCAAGGGUCUCCCUGGUGUGGCAGGUGCUGUGGGAGGACCUGGAGAAGCUGGUGGAGCAAGGACACCUCUACUGCUGCCUCGGUGAUUCCUGCUGGAUUCCAGAUGGGAAAGAGCCCAUGGACAGCUCUCCCUGCUCCCUGGGAGACGUGGGAAUGAGCAGGGCCAGCUCAUCCCUGAGGGUGCACGUGGCCAGGAAAAGCCUGGAAGUCAAAAUGGGAGCCUGGCCCAUCCCAGUAGUGCGCUCCCAGGAGCAGGUGGAACGGCAGGAAGGGUCACCCCAGCCCUCGGAGAGCCUCCAUUCCUCUGGAAGCCUCACUCCUUCCGAAGGCCUCCCCCUCUCCAAGAGCCUCAGCGAUUCCUGGCAGACUCCAGACGGAGAAGACUCCGUGGACAGCUCUCCCUGCUCCCUCGGAGCCGCGGGGAUCAGCAGGACACGCUCGUCCCUGAGGAUGCAUGUAGCCAGGAAAAACCUGGAAGUCAAACUGGGAGCCCGGCCCACUCCAGUGAAGAGUUCCCAGGAGGAAGUGGCACAGCAGGAAGAGUCCUGGAGCCACCGGUGCCCAAUCCAAGGAUCCCAGGAUGCUGCAGUGGUGCCAACUGGGAACACCCUAGGCUCAGUGUCAGAGAAGAUCCUCCAGCAGCAAAGGGAGCUGGAAUUCCCCCAUCUCCAGGGAGCUUUCCCAAGCUGGCUGUCAAAUUUCAGGCAGAAGUUUCUCUUGGCAGUUCAGAUACUCCUGCAGAUCCUCUGUUUGAAAUAAAUAAGGAUUUUCACAAAAGA